GUAGAAAACUGAGUAUUAGGAAUGGGUGGGGUGGUAGUGGGGACAAUAAAAAAUUGAAAGGAUAAAAGCUAUGAACACAGAGACAAAAUAGCGGCAAGAAGUAAUUUAUUGCUUGUUCCCAUUUUUCUCCCACCAGCCCUUUCAGCAAUGGCGAUUUACAGAGUGAGAUCACUGUUGCCUCUUUCCAAAUGCAAAUCCAACUUCAGUUCCUAUUUCUUGCAAUCGUUUUCAGUUCGCAGAUUAUCUGCAUCUACCACCCCUCCUCAAUCACAACAGGUUGGAUUUAUAGGGCUUGGCAGCAUGGGUUCACGAAUGGCUAACAAUCUGAUUAAGGCAGGAUAUGAAGUCACUGUUCAUGACUUAAACCGUAGUGCGAUGAAGUUAUUCUCAGAGAGGGGAAUUCUCACGAAAGAGUCGCCUUUUGAAAUUGCGGAAACAAGUGAUGUUGUGAUUACUAUGCUGCCUUCAUCGGCAAAUGUGUUGGAUGUUUACACUGGACCAAAUGGUUUGCUUCGCAGUGGGAAUGUACUGAGGCCCUGGUUAUUUGUAGAUUCAUCUACAAUUGAUCCUCAAACAUCAAGAAGGCUUUCUGUGGCUGUAUCUAAUUGCUCAUUAAAAGAGAAAAAACAUAACAGGGAGACCCCUGUCAUUUUGGAUGCUCCUGUAUCUGGAGGUGUUCUUGCUGCAGAGUCUGGAACACUCACUUUUAUGGUUGGCGGCUUAGAGGAAGCUUAUCUGGCCGCAAAAUCCUUGUUCCUCUCGAUGGGGAAAAACACUAUUUACUGUGGUGGAGCAGGAAAUGGUUCAGCAGCAAAGAUUUGCAACAAUUUGGCAUUGGCUGUUAGUAUGCUUGCCGUAUCAGAAGGAUUUGCACUUGGCCAGUCUUUGGGAAUUUCUGCCACUACUCUAACAAAGAUAUUCAACUCCUCAAGUGCUCGCUGUUGGAGUAGUGAUACUUAUAAUCCAGUGCCUGGAGUUAUGGAAGGGGUUCCUUCUUCAAGGAAUUAUGAUGAUGGCUUUGCGUCUAAGCUCAUGGCAAAAGAUUUAAAUCUUGCCACCACAUCAGCCCAAGAAGUCGGUUUUAAAUGCCCAUUGACAUUGCAAGCUGAACAAAUAUUCAUGGAGCUAUGUAAUCAGGGUCAUGGAACAAAAGACUUCUCUUGUGUCUUCCGUCACUUCUAUUCUGGCAAGGAUGAGACAUGAUUACUAAUUUUCGGAAGGCCCUGAGCUUCUUGAAAUGAAUGUGAAUCUCUGACUGAUUUGGUAGGUGUUUUUGUAUGAAUGUGUGCUGAUAGAAACAAUUCCGAUAUUUAGACACAAUAAAUCACUCCGAUGUUUAACGCUGAAGCAAGAAUCAGAACUCAUGUGGCGUACCUGUUUGUCUUUCUAUUAGAUAAGAAAUGGUUUUGGGCAUGUGAUAAUGCAAGUUGUUUUAGUCA